UAUAACAAACAAACAAACAAUGCUCCCUCACUCCCACUCUUCCAUUCUAGCAGUACGUUCCUCUUUCUCUGUUUUUCCUUUACCCACUCUUCUUUUCUGAAUUUCAUUUUUGCAGAUAAAAUAAAAAUGAACAACUUUAACUGUUAAGAAUACCACUCUAUUACUUACUAUUUAUGGUAGCUCAUGUUCCUAUUUUCUCUUUUUCCAAAGACUUUGAUGGUAAUGGUUUAAGUAAAGACUGAAAUUUUAUGAAAAACAAGUCAUUUUGUUGUGUUUGUGUUCUGUUUUAGCUUAUCAUUUUCUGAUACAGUUAAGUUUUCAUCAGUUUCUUUUUAUCCCUCUAUGCUGUAACUGUGUCUUUGAUUAAGUAACAAUCAGUAACUGUUUAGUAUAUGUUUUGUUUUAUAAGAUUAAUCCAUAUGACUCUAUGCUGCAAUUGUGCAUUUGAUUCAAUAGCAAUCACUAACUGUUGAGUUGAGUACAAGUUGUUUUUGUAUGAUUAAUCCAUUUUUCUUGCCUUGGCAAGUAAUAAUGGUGUUGAUUAUUUUUAAAAAAAUAAAUGAAAAGGUUCACACUUUUAGAUGUUUUUUAAGAUUUCUCUACUGUAUACAUAUAUGUAUAUUCUUUGUGCAUUUUCUGAAUCAUUGAUGCGGUUUAUAAGUAGUUUCAUUUCUUUGACUUGUUAAAAUGUCUAUAAAACCUUGUUAUACUUUUCCUUGUUUCUAGAAAUACUACAACAUUACAUUGAUAAUCUCAUUUGGCUUAUACUUUGCAGAUUAGAUUACCUAAUUUCUAAGCUUUUCUUUUCUGAUGGACUUGAAUGCAAUAUCUCCCUCUUCACAGUGGGAAUGGGAUCACCUACCAUUACUCGAUACAAAAGCAACUGAAAACCAAAAAUUACAACCACCAAACUGGACUAUGGAACUUGACCCAGAAAUCAAUUUCGGGUUGUAUGAUACGCCCGUUGGAAGUGGUUCUUCUGGCUCUGACCUAAUUCACGGUUCAGCAUUUAAUGCACCAAAGUUUUCUUGUGUAUCUGGUGAACCAUUGCUCAAUCCAAGACUUGGUAAAAGGAUGUAUUUUGAGGAAGUUUGUCCAGAAAGUGAUUCCAAAAACCUUUCUUUUUCAAGGGAUCUCAUGUCAUCUUUAAUUCUUGAAAAGAAAUGCAAGUCCAAUGGUCAGAACUUACAAUGUCCACCACACUGCCAGGUUGAAGGUUGUGGCCUUAACCUUUCAUCGGCAAAAGAUUAUCAUUGCAAACGAAGAGUUUGUGAAAGUCAUGCCAAAUCUCCUAUGGUGGUUAUAGAUGGUUUGGAACGUCGAUUUUGCCAGCAAUGUAGCAGGUUCCAUGAUCUGUUUGAGUUUGAUGGAAAGAAGAAAAGCUGCAGACGACAACUUUCAAAUCACAAUGCAAGGCGCCGUAAAUAUCAUCGUCAAGCUGUCCAAUCAAGCCAAUCGGCUUUGUCUUAUUCACGCAGUGAUGGGAAGCAACAGAUGAGUCCAUUUACUAAUUCCAAGACUGCUACAAAUUUAGCCUGGCAAAACAUGCACAACAGCAAGCUCCCCCAAGCAAAAGAUUUUCUCUUGAAGCCUUCAAAAGACAACAUUGACACACCAAGUGUAGAAGAUUUCAUGAACUUUUCUGAUACAAAUGCUACACAAGACUUUACUUGUGCUCUCUCUCUUCUGUCAACCAAUCAGUGGGAUUCAUAUGCGACUAAAUCCAUUUCUCAAGAACAUUCUAAUCGCCCGACCAGUCCUUUUCAAGCCACAACUCAUGCAAUGAGUCAGUGCAUUCCUCUUGCUUCAUCAGAACCGUGCUGUGGUCAUCAUGAUCAAUAUGUCAAUUCCAACAUCUGGAUCUCAAAUUCUGCAGAUAGCAAUCACUUUCAGAAAUUUCAACUGUUCAGAGAACCUUAUGAGUUAUGAGUAUGGUUUUCACCAGUUUGGUUAACAACCAAACUUACAGGCAACGAAGAUUCAUCUCACGAUUUCUUAUUUGUAGGACCUAAAUUUUCGUUGUAAUAACUACGUAUCUCACUUUUCUUGGUAUUUUAUCGAAAGGGGAAGCACUUCUGGAAAGAGUUUUAUAUGCUAUUAGGUUUUAAAUACUUUUUCACAAUUUUGGAGAUUAUUCUGAUCAUACCAAAAAUCAUUUUCUUUGUCAUAUAGCAAAGUGCAGUUC